AUGGACGACCUGGAGCAACUGGAGCUGCUCUCGCUGGUCUCUAAAGUCACCAGCGAAAUCAAUAACUACAUGGGCACCAGCGACAAGACCAUCGCCGAAUUCAUCAUCGCCGAACACGCCAGCUGCGCAAAUGUGAAGGACUUCCAGGCCAAGCUCGAGGAUUACGACUUUCCCGGUAGUCUGGCGGAGAGUAUUGACCGCCUGAUCAAGAGCCUUCAUCCGAAGUACAGGAAGAAUGGCGCGAAGCAGAUCGAUGAUGAAGUGGAUGGUGGGGGGAAGAGUAAGAAGUUCAAGGGCUUGAGCAUUCCAGAUAAGGAGCCACCGGCUGUAGAGGAAGAGAAAGGUGGUGCGGAAGAUGGAGGGGCAGAGCUGGACGAUACCUUUGCGUUGCUCGAGUCUAUGGCUGGACCACCGAAAGCUGGUGGGAAGGCGGAGAAACCGGCGAACGGCAGGAAGCGGAGUAUAAGUGCCGAGAGGGAGCGGGAUGAGAGGAGUAUCAAGAGACAUAGACGGUCAAGAUCACGAUCCAGAAGCCCGGGAAGAAAGGAGCGGAGAGAGCGGAGGAAGGACAGGAACGAUGACUUUGUGUUCCAGGACGAAUUUGGGCGCAACGUACCGCACCGACCUUCUGAUCGGCACGACCGCAACGGGAAGAGUGAUCGGAAAAGUCGACGCGACGAUUUCGAUAGGCCGCCUCAGCCGGAGUUGGAUGAUGCGCCGGUGCAAUACAAGAUCUAUCGUGGCAGAGUCACUGGAGUCAAGGACUUCGGCGUCUUUGUGAACCUGCGAGACGUCAAAGGCAAGGUAGACGGUCUUGUACAUGUAUCAGCCAUGGCAGACUACAAAGUCAACCACCCGUCAGAUCUGGUGGCGCGGGAUCAGGAAGUCUGGAUCAAGGUCAUGAAGGCGCAGGAAGGGCGGGUCAGUCUCAGCAUGAGUGAAGUUGAUCAAGCUACUGGAAUGGACCAAAGGCCAGGACGCAGAAUCCAGGCGCCUACUACUGGCGCGAAUGCUGUUGGCUUGAAUGGUGCGGCAGAUGCAAGGCUUGAUCCGAUGGCCCCGGUAGUGGAGACGGGCGCAGGAGCUGGAAAGCGCCAGCGCAAACGACUGACUAGUCCGGAGAGAUGGGAGAUCAGGCAGCUCAUCGCUUCGGGUGUCAUCAAAGCCGCCGACUACCCUGACCUUGACGAUGACUACAAUGCCGCCAUCAACGGCGAGACGAUCGAGGAAGAAGAAGAUGUCGACAUUGAGGUCAAGGAAGAAGAGCCGCCUUUCCUCGCCGGUCAGACCAAGCAGAGUCUCGAACUCAGCCCGAUUCGUGUCAUCAAAGCUCCAGAUGGCAGCAUGAACCGUGCGGCGAUGCAGGGCGAUGUACUUGCCAAAGAGCGUCGAGAUCUUCGCCAGCAGGAAGCGCAGGAUAAGGCCGCCCAGGAGGCUCAAAAGACCGAUCUCAACCAAGAGUGGAACGACCCAAUGGUGCAACCUGGUGAGCGACGCUUCGCUGCUGAUUUGCGACAGCCCAAGCAGGGCGGCGGCGCAAACGACAUGCCCGAGUGGAAGAAAAUCGCUUCUGGCAAAGGUGAGCUGGGGAAGAGGACUUCAAUGUCGAUCAAGGAGCAGAGAGAAUCCUUGCCAGCUUUCAAGAUGCGGAAGCAGUUCUUGGAUGCCGUCCGACAAUACCAGCUCCUCAUCGUCGUCGGUGACACCGGCUCAGGCAAGACCACCCAGCUCACUCAGUACCUGGCUGAAGACGGCUUCUCGGACGAAGGCAUAAUCGGCUGCACGCAACCUCGCCGCGUCGCAGCCAUGAGCGUCGCCCAACGUGUCAGCGACGAAGUCGGCUGUCGCUUGGGCGAAGAAGUCGGCUACACCAUCCGUUUCGAGGACAAGACUUCCGACAAAACCUGCAUCAAGUACAUGACCGAUGGUAUCAUGCAGCGUGAGAUCUUGCUCGAUCCGGAGUUGAGCAAGUACAAGGUCAUUAUGCUUGAUGAAGCGCACGAGCGGACCAUCGCCACUGAUGUGCUGUUUGGGCUGCUCAAGAAGACAUUGAAGAAGCGGCCGGAUAUGAAACUCAUCGUCACCAGUGCGACGCUCGAUGCGGAGAAGUUCAGCUCGUACUUCAACGAAUGUCCGAUCUUGUCGAUCCCAGGUCGGACGUAUCCAGUCGAGAUCAUGUAUAGCAGGGAACCAGAGUCGGACUAUCUGGAUGCGGCGUUGACUACUGUCAUGCAGAUCCAUCUUACGGAGCCGCCUGGCGAUAUCCUCCUGUUCUUGACUGGCAAAGAGGAGAUUGACACCUCCUGCGAGAUCUUGUUUGAGCGGAUGAAAGCUCUUGGCCCUUCGGUGCCUGAACUCAUCAUUCUCCCUAUCUACGGCGCUCUGCCCUCCGAGACAGCCAGUCGUAUCUUCGAGGCCACGCCUAGUGGUAGCAGGAAGGUGGUCAUCGCUACCAACAUCGCCGAGACUUCGAUCACCAUUGAUGGCAUUUACUUCGUGGUUGACCCAGGAUUCGUAAAGCAGACCGCCUACGACGCUAAGCUUGGCAUGGACAGGCUACAAGUCACGCCUAUAUCGCAAGCGCAGGCUAAACAGCGUGCUGGACGAGCCGGACGUACAGGACCAGGGAAGUGCUUCAGACUCUACACCGAAAACGCCUUCCAAUCGGAGAUGCUGCCCACAACAAUUCCUGAGAUUCAGAGGCAGAAUCUGAGCAACACGAUUCUGAUGCUGAAGGCUAUGGGUAUCAACGAUUUAUUAGGCUUCGACUUCAUGGACCCGCCACCCACCAACACCAUGCUCACGGCCCUUGAAGAACUCUACGCCCUCUCCGCUCUCGACGACGAAGGCCUCCUCACCCGCCUCGGCCGCCGCAUGGCCGACAUGCCAAUGGACCCGGGCCUAGCCAAAUCCCUCAUCGCCUCCGUGGACCUCGGGUGCGCCGACGAGAUGCUCUCCAUCGUCGCCAUGAUCUCCGCAGUCCAAACCGUCUUCCACCGCCCCAAAGACAAGCAGCAGCAAGCGGACCAGAAACGCGCCCGCUUCAACGACCCCGCCGGCGACCACCUCACCUUAUUAAAUGUCUACAACGGCUGGCGCGGCGCAGGCAAAGCCGACCCCUGGUGUUUCGAGAACUUCAUCCAACCCCGCAACAUGCGCCGCGCCGAAGACGUGCGCAAGCAACUCGUCCAGAUCCUCGAACGCCAUAAACUCCGCAUCCUGUCCUGCGGCCGCGACACCCUGCGCGUCCGGCAGGCUUUAUGCGCCGGCUUCUUCCGCAACUCCGCGCGCAAAGACCCGCAGGAAGGCUACAAGACGCUCGUCGAAGGGACGCCCGUGUACAUGCACCCUGCUUCCGCGCUCUUCGGCAAAGCGGCGGAGCACGUCAUUUAUCAUAGUCUCGUAGAGACGACGAGGGAGUACAUGCAUAAUGUGACCGCCAUCGAGCCGAAGUGGCUUGUUGAAGCUGCGCCGACGUUUUUUAGGGUGGCGGGGACGAAGGGGGAGUUGAGUCGCAGGAAGAGGGAGGAGCGGAUUCAGCCGUUGCAUAAUCGGUUUGCUGGGGAGGAUGAGUGGCGGUUGUCGGCGCAGAGAAGGGGGGGGAGGGGCGGGGGUGGGACGUGGGGAUAG